UUGCAGGGACAUGUCAGGUAAGCUAAUCUACAGUAUUCCAUGGCAACAUGAAUAAAUAAAUGCAUUUCAGUCAAUUGUACACAAUUUAACAGGUUAUUUAAUCGAGUUAUUUGUAAAGCGCUGAGAGAUAACUUUGUAUAGGGGUUCUAAAUCGAAUAUAUUAAUACUAUUAUUCUUAUUCCCAAUCUAACAAAAGUUUUAAUCUCCACUGGACAUUCCAAACGAAACAAAGAUAAUGGUUCCUGCUGGUUUGAGUAAAAAAGAAAUCAUAAAAAGACGCUUAAAACAUCUCAGUGGAUGGAAUGAUUGUAGUUUUUUAAGUGAAUUUUGCACCGAAGGUGAAUUUCUCCCAGAAAGUUUGAAAAAACUGUUCUAGUCAUUUUAUUCCCAACGACUUGUAGUUAAUUUUGAAUCAUCAUUCUAACGUCAGAAAAACUGUUUAUGUCUUGUUUUGAUCUACAGCACUGGCUUCAUCUGUACACGUACCUCGAACCGCAUACUAUGAUGCCCUUAUCCCAUGGGAUGCAGUAAGUACACUCUGUCUUAUCACCACAUGAAAAUGAACAAGUAAACAAUUAAAUACUUUCAUCAUGUAUGUUUAUCAUUAAGGGUUGUCGAAUAAUGGGGUUGUACAGCUUCAAAUCAUCUUAGUUGAAAAAUCCUUCAUGAAAUAAUUUGUUUCUUGAUAUUUCUUUUAUCAGGAGAGCAUCCCUCCGUUUCCACCUUGAGCAAAAUGCUUCGUUGGAAAUACAUUCCGACCAGCUACCUCAGACGCCAUGGCUUGAAACACCUCUAUCGCCAUCAGCGGCUGUGAGAAACAAGUUUGGAUACAGAUGCCAAUUUGCUCCCGUGUGGAGUUCAACAAGAGCAUCACAACCUUCGAUGUACUCAAUACUAGAAGGCAAGGUCAUCCCGUCCCAAAUGGUAACUCAAAUACAUCAGUUACAGACAGCGCCUUCAAUAUCCAAUUUACAACUGGAGAGUUGUCAGCAGCAGCAAUAUCCACACCAACUGCAGCAGGAGCAACAGCAAAAACACAAACAGCAGAAACCUCAAUCGCUGCAGAGGAAGCUGCAACAAGUUCCCGCCAUUAAAGCGACAACAGCUUCACCAGAAACACAACAAGAAGCAAACAGACCAGAUGCAUCUGAAACAGAAGCAAAAUCUGCACCUGUCACAAUAGCCUCCAUAGUGCCGGUAUCGACACCACCCCAAGUAGCAAUUGCGACAGGGUCAACUGGUAAAGCAGCUGCAAUAGCAGUGCCAACAGCAACUGCUGUGCUAGAAGCAGUUGCACAAGCAGCAGCACUAGAGACAGGAUCAACUGGUAAAGAAGCUGCAAAAGCAGCACAAACAGCAACUGCUGUGCAAGAAGCAGUUGUACCAGCAGCAGCAAUAGAGACAGGAUCAACUGGUAAAGCAGCCACAACAGUGACAGCAACAACAACUGCUGUGCAAGAAGCAGUUGCACCAGCAGCAGCAAUAGAGACAGGAUCACCCGCUAAAGCAGCUGAAAUAGCAGCAGCAACAGCAACAGCUGUGCCAGAAGCAGUUGCACCAGCAGCAGCAAUAGAGACAGGAUCACCCGAUAAAGCAGCUGAAAUAGCAGCAGCAACAGCAACAGCUGUGCCAGAAGCAGUUGCACCAGCAGCACCAAUAGAGACAGGAUCACCCGAUAAAGCAGCUGAAAUAGCAGCAGCAACAGCAACUGCUGUGCAAGAAGCAGUUGCACCAGCAGCAGCAAUAGAGACAGGAUCAACUGGUAAAGCAGCAGCAACAGCAACAGCUGUGCCAGAAGCAGUUGCACCAGCAGCACCAACAGAGACCGGAUCACCCGAUAAAGCAGUUGCACCAGCAGCAGCAAUAGAGACAGGGUCAACUGGUAAAGCAGCCACAAAAGUAGCAGCAACAUCAACUGCUGUGCCAGAAGCAGUUGCACCAGCAGCAAUAGAGACCACAUCAACUAGUAAAGCAGCUGCAACAGCAGCACCAGCAGCAUCUGAUGUGCCAGAAGCAGUUGCACCAGCAGCAAUAGAGACCACAUCAACUGGUAAAGCAGCUGCAACAGCAGCACCAGCAGCAUCUGAUGUGCCAGAAGCAGUUGCACCGGCAGCACCAAUAGUGACAGUAUCAACCGAUAAAGCAGCAGAAAUAUCAGCAGCAACAGCAACUGCUGUGCAAGAAGCAGUUGCACCAGCAGCAGCAAUAGAGACAGGAUCAACUGGUAAAGCAGCUGCAACAGCAGCAGCACCAACAGCUGCUGUGCCAGAAGCAGUUGCACCGGCAGCACCAACAGUGACAGGAUCAAUCGAUAAAGCGGCUGAAAUAACCGCACCAACAACAGCUGCUUUUCAAGAAGUAGUUGCAACAGCAGCAGCAACAGCAACUGCUGUUCUGAGGGUAGUAGCAACACCAAGCCAACAACAAUCGACAACCAAAGACAAGACAUCCAUAGCACAAAGGUCAGCUUUUUCAUUGGCACCAAAAAGGUCUACGUUUGCAACAACGUCAUUAUUUUCAAGACCACCAUCUGAUGUGACAAAAACUGCAGCCCCAGAGUCGAAAUCUGCAGUUCCAGUAGAACACCCAAGGGUAGAGACACCAAAACCACAACCAUCUGCAGCAGCAUUGCCAGUGGGAGCCACAUCAGCCUCAUCAACAGCUGCCUCAAGGAGAACUUCAUCAGCUCAACAAUCAGAGCACACAUCACCAAAGCAGCCCAAACAACGGUUCAGUCCUGUUACCCAAGCUUUGGAUGAUUACCUGCAAGGAAUCAAUAUUCCUUCGAUUGAGCAGUCCGAUCUUCAGCAUCCUCCUCAGGGUCAGGUUGUACUUGGGCAAGGUGCUUAUGGAGGUGUCUUAAUGAUGCUUUAUAACAAUGAACACGUAGCUGUCAAAUGUGUACCAACUGGAGAUAAAGACACUGUGGAUAGAGAAGUUCGAAUCCUAUCUGUUCUCUCUGAACACGAUAGUUUCCCAAAUGUACAUGGAACUAUAGAGGCUGGUCAGUUUAGGGCAGUUGCUAUGCAGUUCAUUGGCGAUGAAGCAUCAGCUAGGUGUCUGACAUUAGGUGAAGCUCUUACUGGGUCUAGAAGUUUGACCUUAAACCCGGCCGAUUGGAGAUCCGUUGCCAUGAACGUGGUUGAUGGAAUCAAACACAUGCACUCUGAAGGACUGCUUCACAAUGACAUCAAGAUGGACAAUAUAUUGAUGUCCUAUGACACCCCGACACAUCGCUGGCGUGCAUAUGUGAUUGAUGUAGGUGUGGCUACAACAACGAAUGCCCCAAGAAACUAUGUUCUAACAAGUGACGAAAAGAAAAAAUAUCGCCGGUUUCACGGCCACAUCGCUCCUGAAAUGGUCGAUAAUGCAGAGCACCAGUCCAUCCAAAGUGAUAUUUUCCAACUCGGCUACGUUCUCCAUAGCAUCGGCCAGUUUGGAGCAGUUCCAUUUCUAGAGCAACUUGGUGAUAUUUGCCAAUCACGAGAUCCUUCAGAGCGACCUGAGAUGACUCAUGUGCGGUAUUGCAUUCAAAAUAACAUCUUCAUUUAG